UUCGAGUGUGGCUCGCGCGGGAGAACAACCACCUUGGGGGCACUCUAGUAGUUGCGAUUCGAGCACAGUCAACCUUUGGACAUCCACCUGUGAGGUACUGACGGAGGUAUACGACCCCGUAUAUAAGAUUUAUAUGUAUAUGUAUAUGGAUCAUUUUAAACCAACCGGUAUUAUAUAUAGUGAGUGUGACAUGAUAUGAACGACGACGACAACGACAACUUGAGAAAACUCUAGUGACCCAGUUCAAGAAGUUUUUUUUCUAUUUAUUUAUUUACUUUUUUUUUUUUUGCUUUUCUAUAAAAUAAAACCGAUUUCCCUACUAACGAUUUUCUUUUUAUUUUCUCUUUAAAUUUCACCCUCGAUUCACGCAACAUAUAUAUAUUAAUGCGACCUUCUCUACAACCACUGGCACUGUGGAAAACGAUAUUUGCCACCUGGACUUGAGGAUUAUUUAUUUAUUUAUAGUGUGGUGAAUAAAAAAUAAUUGGUUUUUUUUUUUUAAUUUUUUGGAGGUUUACAAUUUUUUUUUCCUAAAAUUAUGGAGACUCGACAAUUUCUAACUGUGAUGUUCAAUUAUUGUGGAAUAAUUUUGCUAAUAAUCGGAGCCAAUCAUGUAUUAGCGGCGAAAAAAUGCGAGGGCAAUGGACUAAAAUACGUUUGGGGUGAUGCACUCACCGAUUCAAUUGACUGUAUAGGACCAAACAAUAUGCAAUAUCCUUCGGCGGCAAUAACUCGUAAUUUUAAAAGUCUUUGGACAGGAAAUAGCCGAGUGGGAAGAUCCCAUCAGCCACGAACAAUCGACCCUCAAUUAACAAGACAAGCGCUUCUCAGAAAUUAUAAAGUCGCUCAGGGAGAUUACAGCAUUGCUACCAACACCAGAUCCGCUCGCGCCUAUUCGACAAAGGAAACAUGUGGUUCACCGGCACGAUUAUGUAAGACGCGAUAUAAUACAACAGCGCCAAUGUAUGGCGUGAGUUUAACGAGUGGACAACCAGUCACGAUUGUUCAAAAAUUUCCCGAUUUGCUGCAACAAGUUGUAUUUGAGGUUUGCGAAUCAAAGGAAUGCGAACUAAUCCGCGGAGAGUGCACGCAAACUUAUGUGCCCUAUCUUUUUUUGGUGAUACCCCUUGGUCCUGUUACACUCACCGGGCAAGAUUAUGUUCUCGUUGAAAGUGGCUGUGUUUGUAAACCGAAAAAUUCAGUUAACGCUGUUACUAAUCCGCCAGUUGUGCCGAACUUUUAAUUUUAAUUUAUCGUCAAUUUUUUUUUAUUCAUUAAUUACUUUUCGAAACCAAAAAAGAAAAAGAAAUUUCAUCAAGAGAAACAAUUAUUAUUUUUAAUUUUAUCAAAAAUUUUAUAAUUUUUACUUUAUUUUUUUCUAAAUUAAGUAUAAUGUUGAAAAAUAUUUUUUCUAUGAGGAAGCAAAAAAUUUUUAAAAAAUUCUUUUUUUUUAAUUAAAAAUUUGGAAGCGUUCACUUUUGAAUUUUUCCAAAUUUUACUUUGGAAGCGUUAAUUUUUUAAUUUAUUCAAUUUUUUCUAAUUUUCAAAUUUGGUAGCGCUGAGAAUUAAAGAAAUAUACAUAAUUUCGAAGCGUUCAUUUUAUAAUUUUUUAAAUUUGAAAGCGUUCGUAUUGGAAAAAUCCAAAUUUUAAAAGCGAUUUAAUUUACAAAAAAAAAAUUUGCAAUUCAGAUUUUUGGAAUCAAAAAUUUUUGAAAAUAUCCAAAUUUAAAAACGCUCAAACUAAAUUUUUGAAAUUUGAUUAUUUCUGAAGCGUUAAAUUUUCAAAAAAAAUUUGAAAUUACUUUUUUGAAAAUUCAAAAAAAAAAUGUAAAUCUCUUGAUGAAAAUUUUUUUUCUAUUUUUUUUUCUUGGAAUUAUAAAAAUUAUUUUAUUUAAAAAAAAAAUGAAAAAUACUUCCAAAAUAUUGUUUUGGACGCGUCUAAAUAGUGAAUAAAAAGAAAAAGAUGAAAAAUUGUCGCGACAUUCUCAGAAUUUAGUCUUGGAAUUCGAUCGAGUUCACCAGCUAUACAAAGACUCGUUUUCUUGAACGAGAAUCGACGAUCAAACGACAGAAUCAACAGCAUCAGAGGGAGCAACUCAUGGAGCCGGUUUCGCGAGCAAAAUUUAUAAGCGCACACACUCCACAAGAGAAUAUUAAUGUUUUAUCUCGUAGGUGAGAUGUUCCUCGUUAAUCCGUUUGAUUGCUCUCUACCUUUUAUAUAUAUAUAUAUACAAUAUACAUAUAUAUAUUAUGUCAGUGUCAGAUUUAAAAAAAAGAACAAAAAAAAAUGACUCAUGUGUAUGUGUGCAGAUGUUGGGAGUUUCUUGACUCUUUGACUGCGAGCUAUUUUGCUCAUCUCCUCUCUUUAUUAUUGUACAAGAUCUCGAGAGUAAGUCAUCUCGAGUAGAUUCUUUCAAAAAAAAAAAAUUUCUUUUUUAUUUUGCCAUUCAAUUUUUGUCAGAAUUUUAUUUUUUUUUCAAUUUUGUCAACGAAGCUUAUUUUAAAAUUGCAAAUUUGGAAGUGUUCAUUUAUUUUUAAUUUAUUCAAAUUUGAAAGCGCUGAUAAUUUUACAAGAAGAAAAAAUAAUUUUUUUUCGAAUUAGAAGGCGUUCGAUUUUUUUCAAAAUCCAAAUUUGGAAGAGUUCAUUAUUGAAUUUUUCUAAAUUUUACAAAAUUUUACUAUGGAAGCGUUCAUUUUUGAAUUUAUUCAAAUUUUAAAGCGCUAAUACUUUUACAAAAAAAUAAAUUUUUUUUGAAUUAGGAAGCGUUUGUUUUGUUUUUUUAAAUCCAAAUUUGGAAGCGCUCAUUUUUGAAUUUAUUCAAAUUUGGAAACUGAUAAUUUUACCCAAAAAAAAAAAAAAAAUUGGAUUUGGAAACGUUUGUUUUUUUCGAAUUUUGGAAAUUCACGAAAAUGUAUUUACAAAAUUUUUUGGAAAAAUUUGAAAUUCGGUAGCGCUCUUUUUUUGAAAAAAAAAAUCGAAA